AUGGAUUCGCGGGAAGUUCCGCAGCAGCAGCAGCAGCCGCCGCCGCCUCCUCAGCAGCAGAACAUGAUGGUGGGUCCGCCUUCCUACCAAACGUCCAUGCCCAACAGCAACCUAAACCCCAAUUCGGGUCCCAUGAUGGGCGGCCCUAACCAGGCUCGGUUCCCGUUCAAUGCCGUGCCUCAGCAGCAGCAGCAGCAGCAGCAGCCCACAUCGAAGCCGCAGAUGGAUUCUCUGAGCCCCAGUCCGUACGACGGGUCGCUGAGGCCCUGCGGCAGCGGCGGAGGGUUCAGCAUCGACUCUUCUUCGGCUUCGGCGGCGAAGAAGAAGCGCGGGCGGCCCAGAAAGUACUCACCCGACGGCAACAUUGCGUUGGGAUUGGCUCCCACGCAGAUGCCCUCGACGGCUUCAACAGCCGCGGCCGGGCCCCACGGGGAGUCGAGUGGCACAAUGUCUUCGGACCCCCCGGCCAAGAAGAACCGAGGGAGGCCCCCCGGUUCGGGCAAGAAGCAGUUGGACGCUUUGGGAGCUGGUGGGGUUGGGUUUACUCCUCAUGUUAUUAUGGUGCAAGCCGGCGAGGAUAUUGCAGCAAAGGUUAUGUCCUUCUCACAACAAGGACCGCGUACGGUUUGUAUUCUCUCUGCAAAUGGGGCCAUCUGCAAUGUUACCCUUCGCCAGCCAGCAAUGUCUGGUGGUACUGUCACAUAUGAGGGUCGAUUUGAGAUUAUUUCGCUCUCAGGUUCGUACUUGUUUUCUGAAAAUAAUGGGAACCGCAGCAGAAGUGGUGGUUUGAGUGUAUCCUUGGCAGGGUCUGAUGGCCAAGUUUUGGGUGGUGGAGUUGCAGGCAUGCUGGUGGCAGCAUCACCGGUACAGGUCAUUGUGGGUAGUUUUAUUGCUGAUGGGAAAAAAUCCAACUCCAACUUCCUAAAAUCCGGGCCUUCUUCUCCACCACCAUCUCAAAUGUUGAAUUUUGGUGCACCGAUGACGGCGGCCAGCCCCUCCUCUCAAGGAGCCUCAAGUGAGUCAUCUGAUGAGAAUGGUAGUAGCCCUCUCAACAGGGGACCUGUGCUCUACAAUAAUGCUAGUCAACCCAUUCAUAAUAUGCAGAUGUACCAACUAUGGGGUCAAGCUCAACAGUGA